AUGUCUUCCACUCCUAUUGGGAACUCAAUUGCUGUGCUACCCGACGGCGCUGGCUUCGACGUCUACUCCGCUAGUACCAAGUAUCCUGAUGUAUCGCCUACGGUCACUAUUCUUGAAGCUCCCGCCAAGUCGACCGACUUUGACGAUACAGUUAAGACGUCCGUCAUCAGCGGCGGAUACAGAUACUCAAAGACGGCGGCCAACACGCGCUUGGCAGACCCGAACAAUCCCCUGGUCGCCGUCUUCUAUCAAGAUACAAAUGGGUACCUGUACGAGACGUUCUUUAUGGCUGCAGGGAUCGGGGCAGGAACAGUGCACGUCAACACCGUGCCCUACACCGGAAUAAACGCGCCUUUCCUGGGGUCCUCGCUUGCUUCGGCGACGUUUGGCGAGGGCUCGAAGAACGACAUCCUGUUCUAUCAAGCCAGCGAUAAUCGCAUCUAUUUCGUCUUGCGCCAAACAUAUGGAGCAUGGAGUGUUCCCGCACUCGUCACAGAGGACCCCGCUGAUGGUAAAACCACUGUCGCUGCGUUGUCUUGGGCUGAGGCGGACUCAAACUCAGAUAUCAAGGUGGACAACCUCUGCGUUGCAUUCACCCAAUCUUCGGAUCGCAUCCUCAUUUACAGAAUGCGCCGGCUCCGAGGCCCCGUUGGCAAGCGUACCAACUCCCUCGAGCCCAGAUUCGAGCGUGUAGUCGACUGCAAGACCAGUAAGAUAUAUGGACCAUUCUCAAUCUACUAUGCCGAUGUUCACUGCGAGUGUAACGAUGAUGGGUUCUAUCCUCUGAGCUCUUCCGGACGGUACAGAGUUGUAGCUCAGUUGGAGGACGAUCCGCCGCGGCUUUGGGAGGCUCCGCUUCCGAUCCGGGCUGGCGAUAGGGUGAGGUACCAGGAGAUCAUCACCAGUGCUGCGACCGGAUUGCAGAUUCCUGCUCGUGGCACGUCUAUCGCUACGCUGUACAAUGCUAAGAGUAAAGCCCUUACUGUGGUGUACAACAGUCCAGAGGGCUGGCUUACUUUCAAGCAACUCGAUAUCAAGACACUGGCCGCGAAUUGA